CCCGCCUCUUCCCGUGACGUCAUACUACCGGGCGCAACAGUCUGCGCAUUCUUGCCAGGGAAGCGACAUGGCGACAGCUGUGGACCUGGAGCUUAAGAAGGCCUUUACAGAACUUCAGGCUAAAGUGAUGGACACUCAGCAAAAGGUGAAACUAGCUGACCUUCAGAUAGAGCAAUUAAAUAGAACAAAGAAACAUGCCCAUCUUACAGACACUGAAAUUAAGAACUUGCCUGAUGAAACUCCAAUGUAUGAAGGUGUGGGAAGGAUGUUUGUUCUUCAAACUAAAGAAAAAGUUCACAGUCAACUACUUCAUAAACAAAAAAUUGCCGAUGAUAAGAUAGCUGAAAUAGAGCAGAAAAAGUUGUAUCUGGAGAGAAGUGUGAAAGAAGCUGAAGAUAACAUUAGAGAAAUGCUAAUUGCUAGAAAAUCAAUGUAAUGGCAGUGAAAUGUUCAUAUAUUGUAGGGUAUUAAAAUGGCUCUAAUACCUUUA